GGGUUGUCGGGUUAUUUUCAAAAUGGCGGAUGCAUGACGAGAGAUCAUGAAAAUAGCAACGUAACUUCAAGGAUCAUCACGAUCUCAAAUUGUUUAUUUUUACUUCAGUUUUAGUAUUUAUUUUGUAAAUACGUUGGUCUUUGUUCCAAAGCUGUUUUCGUUUGCAGCCUUGGGUUUGAGUCAUAAGAGUUAAAAGAAGCUGUUUAGUUUUUAAAAACAAGAAGCUUGUAUUUCGCGAUGGAAGAUAAUGCUGAUGAACCAAGUGAGACAUCACAAGAGUCGUCUCCUUCAAGUCCUCCGGCUAGACCUUCAAGACCACCGCGACCUCCUCCACCAGACAUCAAAAGGAACCCCAGCAUUGCUCAACAUCUUGAUGCACUCCAAAAACUACGACCCGAGAGGAUUCGUUGGUUUUUCAAAGAGGAAGACAACAAAAGAUGGACUCCUUUUAAUGGCAGAGAUUCACUUUCAAUUGAGGAAACAUUUCGCAAAAUAAAGGAGCUAGAAACGUCCAGUCCCAAAGCAGACCCUGAUAAACCUCUGAAUACUACAAUGCUGUAUGAUUUCCCCAUUGUUAAAGGAGGUCUAUACGAGGUGGAUGUUGUGGCUAGACAGUGUAGUCCUAUAUACUGGAAAGAAAAGGGAAUGGCAGUGUGCCGUGGUACAUGGUUUAUUGGUACACCAGGAUCACCAAAUCUGUGGCAGCCGGUCAGUGAGGAAGAUGCUGAUCAAAUAGAGAAUUCACAUCAGUCACUAUGGAGGGCAAUGGGGCUUCAUGUUGGACCAACACAAGAUGAACCUGACAAGUCUAAAUUAGGAGAUGCACUAGGUCGCUUGAACUUGAAAGGCUAUUACGUUGAAUGGAAGGAAAUCAAUGAUGUUUGGCUGUAUUGGGAUGAUAUCAAGUCAAGAAUCAUAAGAGGUGUUGGCACUAAGAUUGGAUUAUCCUCAGGGGUUUCCGCAAGCCCUCUUCAUCGUGGCUAUCAUACAGAUGCUAUAGUCAAAGAUGGUCCCUGUGACAUCACACACCUAGUGUUCGUGAUUCAUGGGAUUGGUCAGUUGUUGCAUAUGAGCAAUAUAGUCAGAAAUGCCAAGGAUUUACGUACGUCUGUUAGUAAAGUAUUAGAGAAAAAGAUCCCUGGAUUUCCUGAAGAUCAGCGCAUCGAGUUUCUGCCAGUUGAAUGGAGAUCGUCUUUGAAACUGGAUGAAGGUACGAUUGAAAGCAUCACGCCGAAGACUGUGACUGGUAUUCGAAACGUGUUGAAUACAAGCAUGAUGGAUAUCAUGUACUACACUAGUCCCUUCUAUAGAUAUGAGAUUAUCAAUGGAGUAAGAGACGAGAUGAACCGCAUCUAUGACGCCUUCUGUUCACGCAAUCCUUCGUUCAUAGAAAACCGUUGUAAAGUCUCGAUCAUAGCUCACUCUCUGGGCAGUGUAAUCACCUACGAUAUCCUCUCAUUAUGGGACGUAGAGUUAAGACAUGCGAGUGAAGACGAACUCGGAAGAACUGGAUUUUUAACCGAGAGCUUCACGUUCCUGCGAAACCUGGCUGGGACUUCCGAAGAGGAAAGUAAUAAUUUCAACGAAGAUGCGAAGAAGAAGGCAAAGCUUACUAAACCGAAAGAAAAUAUACGAGUUGAGCUGUCAAAGGCUCGCAACACUGUCAUGGAACUGGAAGCCAUGUUAAAGACUGAGUUGGAGUUUGAGAAAGCAAUUGAAACAGCGACAGGCGAAUUUUGUCCUUAUGCGUUGAAAUUCAAGGUAGAAAAUCUAUUCUGCAUCGGCUCCCCGCUCCCUGUGUUUCUGACUUUACGUGGUAUUCGCCCUCAAGAUGACGUAGAAGAUCACGUGUUUCCCAAGGCUGUAUGUAAAAAAAUGUUCAACAUCUACCAUCCAGCAGAUCCUGUCGCUUACCGACUCGAGCCCCUUAUCAGCGAAGACUACACAUCUAUUCCACCCAUUCAACUGCAUCGCUUCGAUCAUGCCAAGUCUGGCUAUGCCGAGGAGAAAAAAAUUCCCUCCGAGAAAUCAGGCUGGAGCUUGUUUAAUUACCGAGUAGGGUACAACAAACACAAAGAGAAUAAAGAAGAGGAUAUGUCCAGGUCAAACUCGAUAAGCGACGACAGCGAAAGCCAAGAGGAUGAAUUAGUGAUUGUCGACCAUGCUGCUGCGAUCGAACAGGAAAAACAAGAAAAACCGGAAAAACAAGAAAAACAGGAGCAAAUGAAAGCUGCAGCCAGUAAAGAGAAAGGUGUAAACGAGAAGAAAAGUGGUUGGAUGUCGAGUUGGUUCGGGUCACCGAGAAAAACGGCCAAGUCGACAGAAGAUGUACACGAAGCAGCGCGUACUGAAGCUGACGGAGCUGCUGCACCAGAUGAUUCACCAAAGAAAAUCAAAGGCGAACAUGUUGUCGUACCUGGAAGAGUACUGAAUGACCGUCUAGACUACGUGUUAAGAGAGGGCUAUAUGGAAAAUAACUAUAUAUCAGCCGUUACGUCUCACAUCGCGUACUGGGGUUCAUGUGACGUAGCUCGGUUUGUUCUCGAGAAGACUUUGAUUCUGAGCACCAGCGAAAAAAACAAAUAACCAGACCAAGCAAACAUCCUCUCCUUUUUUUGUCCUUCCUUUCCUUGUCUGAAUGUCACUUCCUUUUUAUUCAAUACUUUCAUUCUUUCUUCCUACCAUCCUCUAAUCCUUCCUACCUUUCUUCCUUCCUAAUAAUUUCAAUCCCGCUCCUAAUCAAUCCUCAAAGUUUUCCUCUCAAUGUUUUGAUACAACGGUACUCCAACGGGGACCACCUUGAUCAACUAGUAUCAUUAGCCAACCAUAUUGCGACAUUCAAUUCGAUAUUUUAACCAGCCAAUCAGAAAACUCAUCAAUAUAAUAAGAGCGUGAGAACGUGGGAAUCUGAUUGGCUAACGCUGUGUACUGUUAUUUGAUUGGUCGGUUUUAUUCAAGUGGUCCCGGUUAGUGGUCAGCACAGUAAUAGUACAUUAGCAUUAGUAUGGCGUCAUUACUACAACUACCAGAAUCCUUUGCACACUUAAUUUCUUUUGUUUAGUUAAUUAGCACCAAUGGUCGUACUAUUUUCAUGAGAGAGAAAAAUUAAAUAAGAAAGAAAAAUCUGGAAAGCAAUUUGAUAGUCGUAAAUAACUCCUUCAUGCAAACGGUGUUUCUAUUACACUGUAACAACCAACUGCACAAUGAAAAUUCCACAAAGAAGAAUAUAUUACAUUUAUAAUAUUAAUAAUAAACUCUUUAUUUAACGAUUUAUUUUUAAUAAAUAAACAACAAAAAGCACUACUUUCAUAUAAUUUAAAUAAAUAUAUAUUUGUAUUCUUGGACAUAUUUGCAUAAGAAAACCUGCCUAAAAUAUGAAAUCACGAGAUUGGGAAAUACUGUACUUGGAUUUGGGUCAAUGUGUGAAAUUCCAUCAAAUAUACUAAAUAAGGAUAAUAAUCGAUAAUAAUAAUAAUAAAUAGUAAAAAUAA